CGCGCCGGGCCGAACGUCAGCCGCAGCCCCGCCCCUCGGAGCCCGCUGCUUCGGUUGCUGAUAGGAAGCCUGGUGUCGGUGUGACGCAGCCGUAGGCUCCGGUGAAGGUGACCGAUGACGAUUCUGCCCAAGAAGAAGCCGCCUCCCUCCUCGGAUCCCGAGGGAAAUGGGGAGCGGAGCGGCUCGGGGGCACCUGACUCGCACUCUCGCUCCGGGGCCCGACCCCGCUCCUCCCCGCCCCCGCGCUGGGCCUACCCCGGGAACCCCUCAUCCGCCGCCGAGCGACACACUCAGCAAGUGUCUCCUCCCCCGGGCAGCGCCACGUCUGGCGGAGCCGGACCCUUGGGAGACGGAGCUCCGGCCUCGUCGUCUUCUUCUUCUUCCUCUUCUUGUAACGGCGCGGGGGCGGGCGGCUGCUGCUCGGGGCCUGGGCACAGUAAGAGGAGGAGACAAGUGCUGAGCGCGGGGCCCGGGGCCACCGGAAACUGCCCGGAUACAGACGAUGGAGCCGGAAACAACAGCGAGGAUGAGUAUGAGACUGCGGCCCAAACACAACACUUGGACCCCGACACUGCUCAGCAGGAGCACUGGUUUGAGAAGGCGCUGUGUGAGAAGAAGGGAUUUAUCAUCAAACAGAUGAAGGAGGAUGGAGCCUGUCUGUUCAGAGCUGUGGCGGAUCAGGUGUAUGGAGACCAGGAUAUGCACGAGGUUGUGCGCAAGCAUUGCAUGGAUUACUUGAUGAAGAACGCCGACUACUUCUCAAAUUAUGUGACCGAAGAUUUUACCACCUACAUCAACCGCAAACGGAAAAACAAUUGUCACGGCAACCACAUUGAGAUGCAGGCCAUGGCCGAGAUGUACAAUCGGCCGGUGGAGGUGUAUCAGUACGGAACAGAACCAAUCAACACAUUUCAUGGCAUUCAGCAAAAUGAAGAUGAACCAAUCAGAGUGAGUUACCAUCGGAACAUACACUACAACUCUGUGGUGAACCCUAACAAGGCCACCAUUGGUGUGGGGCUAGGCCUGCCCUCCUUCAAACCUGGGCAUGCAGAGCAGUCCCUCAUGAAGAGCGCCAUCAGAACCUCCGAGGAGUCCUGGAUAGAGCAACAGAUGUUGGAGGACAAGAAAAGGGCCACCGACUGGGAGGCCACCAAUGAGGCCAUAGAGGAGCAAGUGGCCCGGGAGUCCUACCUGCAGUGGCUACGGGACCAGGAGAAACAAGCCAGACAGCCACGCAAAGCAAGUGCAACAUGCAGUUCUGCAACUGCGGCAGCAUGCAGUGGGCUGGAGGAAUGGAGCGGCCGAUCCCCAAGGCAGCGCAGUACAGCAGGGUCCCCUGAGCAGCCAGACGUGCAUGCAGAACUGUGUAUGAAGCCGCCAUCCCCAGGGGCCGCCCUCACGUUAGGCAAGCCGCCGUCCCCUUGCGCCCCAGGCCCUAGCAACCAGAUGAGCGCAGGAGCUGACCGAGCCACGUCCCCGCUUGUGUCCUUGUACCCGGCCCUGGAAUGCAGAGCAAUCAUGCAGCACAUGUCACCCACAGCGUUUGGGCUGAAGGAUUGGGACGACGAUGAAAUUCUUGCGUCCGUAUUAGCCGCAUCCCAGCAGGAAUACCUGGACACCAUGAAGAAGAGCACCCUGAGAAGAGAGUCCUCCCCGGAUCACAGCUGAUGUCAUGAGACUGAGCCCCUCCUCCCAAUCUGUGCAGUGCACACAGCCCCUCCCUGCUUGCCUUUGCUCCGCCCCCUCCAUCCUUCCAUCCACUCGCCGGGCUCUUUUUGUAAAUGUCCUUUUCCUAUUAGGCCUCAGAGACUGCUAGAGCUGCAUGUUCCUGGCGACCCCACAUACACCGCAACUGCCAGUCCAGCAGCUAAGGGGACUUUUUAAGCCACGCCUCCUUCCUGGGGCCCCCGUGACUUUGGUUUGCCACCUUUUUUUUUUUUUCCCUCUGGGGGGGUGUAAUAUAUAUAUAUUUUUUAUUUUAGUUCUAAUGAAAGACUGAGUGAGAGCGGGCACUGCCCGGAGCUUCCCCCCGCCCCCCCCCCCCCCCCACAGACAAACCACUUUUCUAACUGACUGAUUUCUCUUCUUCUGUUUGUACCUGAUGGAGGGAACGCUCCGGCGCUCGCCACUCACUUUCUUAUUAGAAAAAAUAUGGAAACAA